GGGGCAAGAUGGACGGCGGACCCACUCGACUCGGCUGGCGACGGUUCGAAUCUCGUCGGGUCUCGGAAAGGAAAAGAGAGGCGAUUGAGUGCAGGAAUGGACGACUUGAGGCGAAUGUGUGAAUGGAGCGGGAGGCAUUUUGCCCACCUCUUGACUGGGCGUCUGCGUGGGCGGGUCUCGACGCCCAGCUCUUCUUCACGCCUCAACACAAAAGUGCCCCACCCUCUCUGCCCCAGCAGCUGGUUGGCGCGCUGA